UAAUCGGUGACUCGUGAGACUAUCGUCAAUGGCGGUCCUCGCAAAGAUCGCCAUGGAGUGCGUGCAUGAUCCACUGUUGUGGCUGUUCGUCGCCUCGCUGGUUUUCGUCAUCCUCCAAACACGACGGCUGGGCCGCGCGCCGUUUCCUCCAGGCCCGAAGCCGCUGCCGAUCAUCGGCAACAUGGCGCUGGUGGACCAGCUGACCCACCGUGGCCUGGGGGCGCUGGCGAAGCAGUAUGGCGGGCUGCUGCAUCUUCGCUUCGGCUGGCUCCACGUCUUCGCCGUGUCGACGCCGGAGUACGCGAGGGAGGUGCUGCACGCACAGGACGGCGCCUUCUCGAAUCGCCCGGCCACCAUGGCCGUCCACUACCUCACCUACGGGCGGUCGGACAUGGCGUUCGCGCACAACGGGGCCUACUGGAGGCAGAUGCGCAAGCUCUGCGUCACGAAGAUGUUCAGCCGCCGCCGCGCCGAGACGUGGCUGGCCGUGCGCGACGGGUACGGCGCGCUGGCACGCGCCGUGGGCAGGCGCAGCGGCGAGGCCGUCAACCUCGGGGAGCUCAUCUUCAACCUCACCGUCAGCGUCAUCUUCCGCGCCGCCUUCAGCGCGCGCGACGGCGAAGGGCUGGACGAGUUCGUUGUAAUUCUACAGGAGUUCUCGAGGCUCAUGGGGUUGUUCCACGUCGGCGACUUCUUCCCGUGGCUCCGCUGCGUGGGCCGGCGGGGCUUCGACCGCCGCCUCCGCACAGCGCGCAGCGCGCUCGACAGGUUUAUCGACAAGAUCGUGGACGAGCACAUGAAAAGGGGCAAGGACGCCGCUGACCCCGACGCCGACUUGGUAGACGGCUUGCUUGCGUUCCUCUCCGAGGCGGACCCAGCCGGCGGGAAGCUCAGAGAGGACGCCAUCCGCUUCACCCGCCAUAACGUGAAGGCCAUGAUUAUGGACAUGCUAUUUGGCGGACCGGAGACGGUGGGGUCCACAACCGAGUGGGCGAUGGCGGAGAUGAUGCAUAGCCCAUCCGAGCUCCAGCGGCUGCAGCUGGAGCUCGCCGACGUGGUGGGGCUCGACCGGACGGUGGACGAAUCAGACCUCGACAAGCUCCCAUUUCUCAAGUGCGUUGUCAAGGAGGCGCUCCGCAUGCACCCGCCCAUCCCCGUGCUCCUCCACGAGGCCGCCAAAGACUGCGUCGUCGAUGGCUACUCGGUGCCCAGAGGCUCCCGCGUCUUAGUCAAUGCUUGGGCGAUCAACCGUGACAACAACGCCUGGAAGGAUGCUGAUACCUUCCGUCCUUCAAGGUUUAUGCCCGGCGAGGGGGAAGCCGCAGGGUUGGACCUCAAAGGCGGCUGCUAUGAGUUUGUGCCGUUCGGGUCCGGCCGGCGCUCGUGCCCGGCGCAGGGGCUUGGCCAACACGCGGUGGAGUUCGCCGUUGCGCAGCUCGUGCACGGGUUCAAAUGGGAGUUACCCGACGGCAUGAAGCCGUCAGAGCUCGACAUGAGGGACACCUUUGGCCUCACCACACCGCGCGCCACUCGGCUCUAUGCUGUGCCCACACCCCGGCUUACCUGUCCUUUGUGA